GAAGACGGCAUUAAGACAAAACUUGAACUUUUAAGCUCAUACUCUAGCUGUGAUGUGGCCGAUGCACUUUUAAAAUUGAAUUAUCCUCACGGAGGUUACCUUCCUGAUAUCAUCAUGUUCUCACCAGAACAACAAGCCGGCUCAUCAAAACUUGUCGGCCCCGUAUUCACGGUUAAAGUCGUUCCAAUCAGUGACACAACCUCCCCAAAACCAACCCAACACUUUGCUGAUGCAUCUCCGGAGGGUAGCGUUGUUUUUGUAUCAGCUCCAUCAAGUUUGUACUACAUCUCUCUAGUUUGGUAUACCGGAUAUAUUCUAAUGGAACUCUUUUCCUUGUUUUCAGAUGCGAUAAAUGCCGUUUGGGGAGGAUUGAUGAACACAAGAGCCAAGGUGCGCGGAGUCAAAGGGGUUGUGGUAGAUGGUCGCAUUCGUGAUCUUGCAGAGAUUCGUGGCGAUGGACUUCCG